AUGUCAAGUUCGGGCUUACAAAGACGCAGAGGGGGUAAUAAACAAACCACCUCAAAAUCAAGAAGCUCCAAUUCAUUUGAAGAGGAUAGAGGAACUGCUCAAAAUGAUUCUGAUAUCAAGGUGGGCUACGAUGAUCGUGAUAUUAAAGAUCCAAAAGAGGUAAAAAUACCCUUGUUAACUCUUAUGGAGGAAGUUCUUUUGAUGGGAUUAAAAGACAAAGAGGGAUACUUGUCAUUUUGGAAUGAUAACAUCUCCUACGCUUUGAGAGGCUGCAUAUUGUUGGAGUUGACAUUCAGAAAUAAAAUUACUUUGGUAAAUGAUCCUGCCCGGCGCAGAUUUGAGCUCAGUGAUAGACUCGUAGAGGUUAUCGAUGAUGAACCAACAGGGGAAGUGUUGUUGGACGAAGCGUUAAAGAUUAUGAAAGGCGACGAAUCGAACUUGUCCGUGACCAAUUGGAUUGAUUUGUUGAGCGGAGAAACAUGGAAUUUGAUGAAAAUAAACUAUCAAUUAAAGCAAGUUAGGGAAAGGUUGGCCAAGGGUUUAGUAGACAAAGGUAUCUUGAGGACCGAAAGGAAGAACUUUUUCUUAUUUGACAUGGCGACACACCCAGUGGCUGACAAAUUGUCUAAGGAAUACAUCAAAAACAGAAUAUUGUCAUUGCUCAUACUGAGGAAUGUCGAUCUAGAUGCCGUUGCUAACGACCAAUUCCCUAAAGAUACUUCUCUUAGAUACUUGAGAUCUAUAUCUUUGGUCUGUGGAUCAUAUGCUGCUAAUGUUUUGGAGAAUGUAUUGAUGUCGUUGAGUUACGACAAAAGAGACCAAGCAUUUGCCAGGGCCGAUGAACUUUUGGCGGACUUUAGUGAAUUUCCAUUCAAUUUAUCCCAUCAAAGUCCCUUGGGACUAGGGUUAAAUUUGGGACAAGAGGUAAGUAAUGAAGUUUCAGAGUCCCCAGUCACUGAAUUGCAAUUAGAAUUAGUGGCCGCCGUCUUGAGUGUUUUUGCAAGGAUGGACUCGAUUCUUUAA